UGAAUGGAUGAUCCUCACCACCAUCAUUGCAAACUGCAUCGUCCUGGCUCUGGAACAGCACCUUCCCGAUGGAGACAAGACGCCUCUAUCAGAACGACUGGAGGAGACAGAGCCCUACUUCAUAGCCAUCUUCUGUUUUGAGUCGGGGAUAAAGAUCCUGGCUCUAGGUUUUGCGUUACAUAAGGGCUCGUAUCUGAGGAACGGCUGGAAUGUCAUGGACUUUGUGGUCGUGCUCACGGGUAUUUUGUCGUCAGUGGGGUCUCAGUUUGACCUGAGGACACUACGAGCCGUCAGAGUGCUGCGACCACUAAAACUGGUGUCUGGGAUUCCCAGCCUGCAGGUGGUGCUCAAGUCCAUUAUGAAGGCCAUGAUCCCCCUGCUGCAGAUCGGCCUGCUGCUGUUCGUGGCCAUCCUCAUGUUUGCCAUCAUUGGCCUGGAGUUCUACAUGGGAAAGUUCCACACCACCUGCUAUGAUGAUAACACAGACGAGAUCGUGGAUGAAUUGCCAUGUGGCAACGAGCUGCCAUCGCGGUUGUGUCCUAACGGCACGAAAUGUAAAGAGGGCUGGCUUGGACCCAACUACGGCAUCACCCAGUUCGACAACAUCCUGUUCGCUGUGCUCACCGUCUUCCAGUGCAUCACCAUGGAGGGAUGGACAGACAUGCUCUACUACAGUAAUGAUGUGGAGGGCAGUGCCUGGAACUGGAUGUACUACAUCCCCCUCAUAAUCAUUGGCUCGUUCUUCAUGCUCAACCUGGUGCUGGGUGUACUCUCAGGUGAAUUUGCCAAAGAGAGAGAGCGAGUGGAGAACAGGAGCGAGUUCCUCAAGCUGAGGCGACAGCAGCAGAUUGAGAGAGAGCUUAACGGAUACCUGGAGUGGAUCUGCAAAGCAGAGGAAGUGAUUCUGGCUGAAGAAGAUACCACAGGGAACUUUGAUGGUUCAAGGCGAAGGCCGACCAUCAAAACCAAAAACAACAAGACAGAGCUGCUGAACCCUGAGGAAGGAGAGGACAACGUUGGAGACGCAGUAGGUUUUGCCCGCUCCAGUAUAAAGAGCAGUAAGGAGGGCUCCAACUACAGUAAGAAGGAGCGACGGCUGCGAUUCUUCAUCCGCAAGAUAGUGAAGACGCAGGCAUUCUAUUGGACGGUCCUCUGCCUGGUGGGCCUUAACACCAUCUGUGUGGCAGCGGUGCACUACGACCAGCCCGAGCUCCUCUCCGACUUCCUCUUCUAUGCAGAGUUUAUCUUCCUCGGUUUGUUCAUGUCUGAGAUGCUGAUCAAGAUGUAUGGUCUGGGCAUCCAGCCCUACUUCCACUCCUCAUUCAACUGCUUCGACUGUGUGGUUAUUGUGGGCAGUAUCUUUGAGGUGGUGUGGGCCACCAUCAAACCGGGUACGUCCUUUGGGAUCAGUGUGUUACGAGCUCUGCGACUGCUCCGCAUCUUCAAAGUCACCAAGUACUGGGCUCCUCUUCGAAACCUGGUGGUUUCUUUGCUAAACUCCAUGAAGUCCAUCGUCAGUUUGCUCUUCCUGCUCUUCCUCUUCAUCGUGGUCUUUGCCUUGUUGGGGAUGCAGCUGUUUGGGGGACAAUUCAACUUUGAAACAGGAACUCCACCGACUAACUUCGACACUUUUGCCGCGGCGAUCAUGACAGUGUUUCAGAUCCUGACAGGAGAGGACUGGAACGUGGUAAUGUAUGAUGGCAUUGAGUCCCAGGGCGGAGUUAACGACAAAGGGAUGCUUUUCUCCAUCUUCUUCAUUGUCCUCACACUCUUCGGCAACUACACUCUGCUUAACGUAUUCUUGGCCAUCGCUGUUGACAACCUGGCCAACGCCCAGGAGCUCACCAAGGAUGAGGAGGAACAAGAGGAGGCGGCCAAUCAGAAGACAGCACUGCAGAAGGCCAAGGAGGUGGCGGAAGUCAGCCCACUGUCGGCAGCCAACCUGUCUAUUGCUGCCAAGGAGCAGCAGAAGAACCACGCCAAGGGUAACAAGUCGGUGUGGGAGCAGAGGACGAGUGAGAUCCGCAGGCAGAACCUGAUGACGAGCCGCGAGGCGCUCUACAAUGAGCUAGAGCAGGAUGACUGGAAGGUGGGAGGGGAGGGAGAGGAGGUGUCCUACCCACGGAAAGGACGUGGUGACAUGAAGACCCACUUGGACCGGCCGCUGGUGGUCAACCCACAGGACAACCGCAACAACAACACCAACAAGACCCAACCUGGUGAGCUGCCUCUGGACCAGGAGUACCGGCACCAGGACAUCGACCACUAUCGCCGAGCCGCCCAUUACUACCACUACCACCACCAUCACCAUCAGAAAGCCACCGGGCCAGACAGCGGAGACGCACGUCAGCCCACAGAGACCCGCGUGGAGCACGGAUUCAGCUGCACGUCUCUGGGAAAUGUGGAGGGCAGUGUGGAGGGCCAGCAGGUGGAGGAGAGGCACAGCCACCGGAGCCACCGGGGCCACCGGCACAGAAACAGGGAAGGCAGGGAGACUCGCAGUGUGUCACCCCACCACAGUGAAGGGGGAGAGGGCAACAAUGAGCACAGGAGGUCCAGGCAGCACCGCAGGGCAGCCAGGGAGGGAGAGGAGGGCAGAAGACACAGAUCCAGGGGAACGGAGGGAGAGGGGGAGAAAGGCGAGGAAGGGGAGGGACGGAAGACGAGACGGCAUCGCCACGGCAACCAGGAGAGGAGCCGAGGGCACCGCACCAGAAAGGAGCACCACAGCACUGGUCCCAAUCUCUCCACCACACGACCCAUUCAACAAUACAACGAGGACCUGGACAACUUCCGCAACAACAGCAAGCUGGCAAGUGCCCAUGAGCAUCCCUAUGCCCUCCCACCAGAUCAUCCUGACCACCCAGACCACGUCAACAACCUGCUGAACUGCCGCGACGCCGACACCCACACCCUGCUCCACAGCAUGGACAGCCUGAUCCUGACCAGCAUGGCCAAACCCGAGUACACAACCAUAGACAUGCCCCCUGUCUACCCCUACCCCUCCACCAACGCCAUCCUGCAAGUGAACAAGAACGCCAACACCGACCAGAAGAAGAGCGAGGAGAAGAAGGAAGAGGAGGAUGAGGGAGGAGACGAAGAUGGCCCCAAACCGAUGCCUCCCUACAGCUCCUGUUUCAUAAUGUCCACCACUAACCCGUUUCGGAAGUGCUGUCACUACAUCCUGACUCUGAAGUAUUUUGAGUUCAGCAUCCUGUCUGUCAUCGCUAUGAGCAGCAUUGCCCUCGCUGCCGAGGACCCUGUCUCGCCUGACUCACCACGAAACAACGUGCUGCGUUAUUUUGACUACGUUUUCACAGGCGUCUUCACAUUUGAAAUGUUGAUCAAGAUGGUGGUGCUGGGCUUGUUUCUCCACCAGGGCUCCUACUUUCGCGACUUGUGGAACAUUCUGGACUUUAUAGUGGUUAGUGGUGCUCUGGUGGCCUUCGCCUUCACGGGGAGCAGCAAGGGCAAAGACAUCAGUACAAUCAAGUCCCUCCGAGUGCUGAGGGUGCUGCGUCCUCUAAAGACCAUCAAACGUCUCCCCAAGUUAAAGGCUGUGUUUGACUGUGUGGUCAACUCUCUGAAGAAUGUGCUGAACAUCUUAAUUGUCUACAUGCUCUUCAUGUUCAUCUUCGCUGUGGUGGCUGUACAGCUCUUCAAGGGUCGCUUCUUCUACUGCACAGACGAAUCCAAAGAGUUUGAGCGUGACUGCAGGGGCGAGUACUUGGUGUAUGACAAAGAUGAGGUAAAAGCUCAGAAGCGGGAGUGGAAGAAGUACGAUUUCCACUACGACAAUGUGGCUUGGGCCCUGCUCACCCUCUUCACUGUCUCAACUGGAGAGGGGUGGCCGCAGGUGUUAAAGCACUCAGUGGACUCCACCUAUGAGAAUCAGGGCCCGAGCCCGGGAUACAGGAUGGAAAUGUCCAUCUUUUACGUGGUGUACUUCGUUGUCUUCCCCUUCUUCUUCGUAAACAUCUUUGUGGCUCUCAUCAUCAUCACCUUCCAGGAACAGGGGGAUAAGAUGAUGGAGGAUUACAGCUUAGAAAAGAACGAGAGAGCCUGUAUAGAUUUCGCCAUCAACGCCAAACCUCUGACUCGCCACAUGCCGAAGAAUAAACUGAGCUUCCAGUAUCGCAUGUGGCAGUUUGUGGUGUCUCCGCCCUUUGAGUACAGCAUCAUGGCUCUGAUCGCGCUGAACACUAUCGUCCUCAUGAUGAAGUUUGACGGUGCAUCAUUAACCUACGAUAAUGUCUUGAAGAACCUCAACAUUGUGUUUACCACUUUCUUCUUCAUGGAAUCAAUCCUCAAGAUCAUCGCUUUUGGCCCUCUGAAUUACUUCAGAGACGCCUGGAACAUUUUUGAUUUUGUCUCCGUUCUUGGAAGCAUCACUGACAUAUUAGUGACAGAACUAGGGAAUAACUUCAUCAACCUGAGCUUCCUGAGGCUGUUCAGGGCAGCUCGCCUUAUCAAGCUGCUGAGACAAGGAGAGACCAUUCGCAUCCUGCUGUGGACGUUUGUCCAGUCCUUCAAGGCUCUGCCAUACGUGUGUCUGCUCAUUGCCAUGCUCUUCUUCAUCUAUGCCAUUAUCGGCAUGCAGCUGUUUGGUAACCUAGCGCUGGAUGAAGAGGAAGAAAGUGCCAUCGAUGAGCACAAUAACUUCAGAACCUUCAUCAUGGCCUUAAUGCUGCUGUUCAGGAGCGCCACUGGAGAAGCGUGGCAUGAGAUCAUGCUGUCUUGCCUGAGUGGUAAAAAAUGCGACCCGGAAUCAGGGAACACAGGAAAAGAGUGUGGCAGCACCUUCGCCUACACCUACUUUGUCUCAUUCAUCUUCCUCUGCUCUUUCCUGAUGCUGAAUCUGUUCGUGGCCGUCAUUAUGGACAACUUUGAGUACCUGACCAGAGACUCUUCUAUCCUGGGGCCACAUCACCUGGACGAGUAUGUAAGGAUAUGGGCCGAGUACGACCCUGCCGCUUGCGGGCGCAUACAUUAUAAGGAUAUGUACAGUUUAUUGCGAGUUAUCUCCCCUCCCCUGGGCCUUGGCAAGAAAUGCCCACAUAGGGUGGCCUGCAAGAGGCUGCUGCGCAUGGAUCUGCCGGUUGCAGAUGACAACACGGUGCAUUUUAACUCCACCCUCAUGGCUCUGAUCAGGACAGCACUGGAUAUAAAGAUUGCUAAGGGUGGUGCAGACAAGCACCAGAUGGAUGCGGAGCUGAGAAAGGAGAUGAUGGCAAUUUGGCCGAACUUAUCGCAGAAGACGCUGGACCUGCUGGUCACGCCGCACAAGGCAGCCACAGACUUGACGGUGGGCAAAAUCUACGCCGCCAUGAUGAUCAUGGAAUACUACCGGCAGAGCAAGAUGAAAAAGCUGCAGGCCCUGCGAGAGGAACAGAACCGAACGCCAUUAAUGUUUCAGCCCAUGGAGCCGCCCUCCGAGGGAGGGGGCACGGAUGGCCAGGGGGGGCAGGGCGUGAAUGGCCUCCCCAGCACCCAGCCGGACAACAUCAACAGCAUACCUCCUGAGGGUGGCAUGACUGAGAGCCAGUCGUGGGUGACGGCCAAAGCCCAGGAAAUGUUCCAAACGACGGGUAACUGGCGCCCCGACAGACCCUACCCCGACGAUCUCCACGACAACCGGCACAACCCCCAGACUGUAGAGAUGAGGGAGAUGGGGCGGGACGGGUACUCCGACACUGAGCCCUAUCACCCAAUGGAUGGGCAUGGGCGGACCCUCUCCAUGCCCCGCCUCUCGGCAGACAACCAAAGAGUUCAUGCUGUUUCGACCAUCACUGACACCAGUCCGAUGCGUCGCUCCACCUCCAGCCUGGUCCACGGGCGCACAGGCCGGGGCGUGAGGCUGGACGACUACUCCCUGGAGAGGGUGGUGUCCGAGGAGGGGAGGCACGGAGGACGCAGGCACAGGGACAGGAGUCACCGUGCCUCACAGCGCUCCCUAACCAGAUAUACUGAUGCAGACACGGGGCUGGGCACAGACCUCAGCACCACCACACAGUCAGGUGACCUGCCACCCAAGGAGCGUGAGCGGGACCGCGGCCGGACCAAGGACCGUCGUCACCAUCAUCACCACCACCAUCAUCACAGCUCCAUGGACAAGGAGCGCUACGGCCCCGACCGUCACGACUACCCUCACAGGCAUCCCCACGACCGCCACUGGUCCCGGUCGCCCAGCGAGGGGCCUGAUGGGCGAGGUCACAGACAGGGCAGUAGUUCGGUGAGCGGCAGCCCGGUCCCCUCCACCUCGGGGACCAGCACUCCACGGAGAGGUCGUCGGCAGCUGCCUCAGACCCCUGCUGUUCCCCGUCCACAUGUCACCUACUCCCCCGCUGUUCGCAAGCCCAGCUAUGGCCCCCCAGGGCCGGGCCGCCUGCGCUCACCCUCCCCCCGACACUUCUCCCCACCAGAUCACGACAGAGGCUACCACCACCGACCCCCGUCACGCCAUGCCUCUCCCCACCACGGGGGAUCCUCAUCCCGGCACGGUUCACCGCGCUCCCCUAGGCACCAAUCCCCACGUUCACCCCUCCAUGGCUCACCUAGGUCCCCUCACAGAGGCCGCUGGAGCGGACCUCCACUUGGGGACAGCCUGGAGGGCGACGGGCCUUUCUAUGAGCAUGAUUACGAGUAUGAGCGGCACCAUGAGCCCCCUGCCUAUGAGCAAAGCCUCUCCCAUGGCAACCCACACCCACAUGGGGGUAAUCCUCACCCACAUCCACGCUCCCCAAGGACUGCCCGCCAUGGGCCCCCUCCGCCCCCUCACCCACAUCCACGUAGGGUGCCCAAUGGCUACCGCUCAUCCUCACCUUCCCCACAUCGACGAGGACCACCUGGGGCACCCCCCCACCCACACCACCGCCCCCCUCAUGCCAGAGGGCCCCGCAAGGGCCUGCAUGAACCUUAUAGUGAGACGGAUGAAGAUGACUGGUGCUAGCGACCACAGGGAGUGAGGGAUAAGGGCAGGAGAGGAGAAGAAGAAGAACCGCA